AUGCAUCCACAAGUUCAUGCCCCAAGAUUUAUCUCCUGCGUUGAUUACAUCGAAGCACUAGAAAAGUGUCAUCAACAAGAAUAUUUAAAGAGAUGUUUCGGGAUUUGCAAUAAUCAAAAAGAAGCUCUAUCAAAGUGUCUUCAUGAAGCUAGACUUGAAACUCAAAAGCAUCUAAUCUUGAAAAGUAGAGAAAAGCAAAAAGGGUUCCGUGAAUCUUGGAAAAAAAUGGAUGAAGAAGCGUAUGGUGAAGAAGAGUUCUUAAAGAAACUAUUACAAAGAGAAAAAGCUAAAAGAGGUGAAUCUUAA